GGAAAGGCCGCACGGAGACGGCCACUUCAUGCUCGCGGGAGAGGGCGACUGUAUCCGGGACUCAGCUCGUGCAACAGCGGCCAGGCGUACGAGACGUACGCGUCGAUAUGACCGAGCGCUGGUGUGUUGACCUCGUCAGACAAGGUUCGCCCUCGGGAAUCUGCAAGAAAUUCAUCUCACGAUGCUGCGGAGCGCUCCCGCGCACGCACCCAUCCUCGGACGUCAAGAACGCGGUGGCACAAGGCACACCGGCGCCCCGAGCCGUGUAUCUAAGGCUUCCUCUACGCGGACAGAGCGCUCGAGAAGGCCAGUCUCGUUGACACCAAACAGGUCCAUUUCCCAUGUCCCGCCCCCACCUCGUGCUCACGUCUCCUCCUGCAGCGCUCGUAAUCCCGCCUCGAUGGUGCCUGGACGCCCUUGUGAAGGUCGAUGCGGAUCCCUUCUCUUCACGACCCAACCUCCUCAGAACGCGGAGGAUCUGCCGCAUGUUUCGGAUGUCGUGAGCUGGGCCACCUGCCGCCUUUCACGGCCGCAAAUGCACUCGUACGCGUGCGCGUCGCGAAGCGCCAAGGCUCUGCGCCUCAACGCCUACGGCCAGGGCGUCCAGGGCGUGCAGAAACCAAGUCUGAUGGGCGCAGAAUGCGUCGGCGCGUGGGCCCCUUCGCUAGCAGAGCUGGAGACAUCAGGAUGGAGAUGGCCCUGCGUACGACACGACGGCCACGUACCUCGCAUCACCGUCGCGCCAGCUCUGCACUCAAGUCCUCCAGCGACGUCCCCAUCGUCUUGGUGCGGUGCCCUGACCGCUCCCGCCCUGCCCGCUGUCCAAUUCUCCAGCGCGUCCUACGUGUUCCGACGCGACGCAGCACGACGUGAGACAUGCCCAGGACUCGUUAUGCCAAGAUCGAGCACGGGAGGAUGUGUUACCAGCCCGGUACGCACCAUUUUCUCCUUUCGUCCGUUGCUGCCCAUGAAAUCGUCCCGAACUGACCGAUCUUUUUCUCGCCGUACAGCCCCGCAACUCGCAGGGGACAUGCACCCCGGUGCACGGGAGCCCGCCGUCGUGGUUGCACGCGGUCUGGAUGCGAUGCCGGCGCUCGAGAGGUGCAGCGGCCGGGGGAGCGGUCGGCGAGGGCGAGACGAUCGCGGACCUCGUCGAGGGCGUCCUGAGUGCGUAGGCGGCGUCUUCGCGUGCUGUUCGUCGCGGCUGGAGUCCACAGAGACCCGUCUCGACAGAUGGCGCUCGCCAGGCCGACGGAGCGGCGUCGAGACCCGCCCAUCCCCGCGCCGCCUCCUCCCCCUCCGCCAAAAGUGCGAAAUUGGUACCCGCCGUGCGCGCCCGCACGCGCCCGCACGCGCCGGCACACGACGCAGACCGUCCCCAGGCACAUCCCUGCCGAGUAUCGCGGCCAGCGGACGGGAGGGGCGGCCGGGGCGCGGACUUUACGCCCCUCGUCGGGCGCGAUGUAAAGAAAUCGCCCGAGAACGCCAAUAUAUUUUCUGCGC